CACUUUGUAACAUAAACCAGCCUGAGAGCUGCCUAUGCUGCCUCAAGCAGGGGAGAACAGAGUUGCAUGCAGCUCAUCUGUAUCCUUUUUCACUGCGAACAAUUGGAGGAAGCAACUUGCGUCCUGACACUGCUUCCUUCAUCUGGGUUGUGGGAUGCAUUUGAGCUGAAAGGGGGAAGACUCACCACAGCAGUGGCUGUGCUGGCUGCAGCACCAGAUGGGGCGCUCAGAGAAGAGCUAAAGCAUUGGAUCAGCACGUACCCCACAACCAGGACAACUUUCAAGACAAGCGGCCCCUAGAUCCAAUCCACAUGUGUCACAGCUCUUGUGAUGAUGACUGUCCUACCUGACCAUCCUACCUGCCAGCCCGGCAGACAGUCCACUGGGCUCCGAGAGCUGCUCUGCUACCAGUCAUGCCUACCAGAGAGCAAUUCAGGCAAGGGCACCAUGUCGGGGCUCUGGAUCACAGUCUUCACUCUGCCACUGCUGUGGACUCCGAUCACAGCCAUCGCGCCCUCCCCAGAUGACACUCUGUGCCCUGUGAAUUGCUCCUGCUCCUGGUUGCAGCAGUUGGUCCGGUGUGCCAAUGCCAGCCUCUCAGCUCUCCCCAUUGGCGUUGCCAAUACCACGGUGGAGCUUGACCUGCAGCACAACAGUUUCAGUAUCUUGUCAGCAGGCUUCUUCCCGGAUCUUCCUGAAAUCACCAGCCUUUACCUGGGCAGCAGUCACAUCCUCCAGGUGGCAUCGGGGGCUUUUAAGGGUGUCAGGAACCUGUACCACCUUCACCUGGACAACAACCUCCUUGAGCAGCUCCCACAGGAUGUCUUUGUGAACAUGACAAACCUGAGCUUCCUCCACCUGCAGCACAACCAGAUCGCCUACCUCCCACCAGGAGUGUUCUCCUCCUUGAAGCAGCUCAGUGUCCUGGACCUGAGCAACAACCUACUAGUAGAGCUCUCUGACCAAGCCCUUGGUGGUCUCUCACAGCUCCGUCGGCUCUACCUAACUGCUAACCAUAUCUCCAAUGUGUCAGUCCGCACCCUCCCACGCAGCCUGCGGACACUCAACCUUGACCAGAACCAGCUGGAGAAUGUGCCCACAGUCAUCCGCACCUCCGUCACGCUUUCCACGCUGCAGCUGAGCGGGAACCCCAUCCGAAAGCUGACAUCGCUCUCCUUUGGGAAGCGGCUCCGCUCGCUGAACCAGCUGUUCCUAGACAGCCUCUCCCUGGAGAAGAUCACUGCGCUGGCCUUCGCCAGGCUGCACAGGCUGGAGGUCCUGAGCCUGAGAAACAACAGCCUGGAGUCGCUCCCGUCUCUGGCCUCCAUGAGGUCUCUCUCCACUCUGUAUCUGACUGAGAACAAGUGGCGCUGUGACUGCAGCUUGAUCUGGCUUCGGACCUGGCAGAAGAAGGUGACCCAACAGGAUCGCAGCCCUGUCGAAUGCAGCUCUCCGAGGGCACUGCGGGGACAGCUCCUCGUGGAUAUAGAACUACAGAAACUGACUUGCCCGCCUUUUGGCACAGACUCCACCACUGUGAACCCAGCCAAGAAGAAUAAUACACCCGUAGCCACUGUGCCAUCUCUUCCACAGGCUGCCACCACACUUACCACCACCACCUCUGCAGCCCUUCUUACCACCAGGGCCCCCCCCACCACUACAACACACUUAGCUACCUCCCAGAACCACCCGCUGGUGAGAUGGGACCCAUGCCUGGCCAGUGUCAUCACCAGUGUCAGCAUCAGGCCAAAGAGCGAUACUUCUCUAGUAGUCGCUUGGUCCUUUGCUGGUGACCAUGACCAGUUUGAGGUGCGAUACAAGGAGGGCAGGGACAAGCAGGUGCUGCGGGUGAUAGGUGACCUGCCUGAGGUGGAGCUCCAUGGUCUCCUUGCAGGGACUGAGUACAGAGUUUGUGUCAUCCCCCAGAAUGAGCAUCUCUUGGAGUGCUUGGCCCCUACUCCCCAGCAGUGCGCAGCAGGGCACACCACAGGCCAUCUGCAACCCAUCCAUGCCCCACUUGGACACAGCCACUCUGCAGUGGGCAUUGGGGUCGCCGUCACUCUUCUAGUACUGGUGGUGCUAGCAGCGGCCAUUAUUUACAGACUAUGGGCCCGGCCAAUCCAAUUCCAGCGCCACUAUGAUGAAGAUGAGUCAUUCCCGCAUUGCAGCAGCAACAUUGGCCAAGCCAAGGUGACCAUGGGCCCAGUUUAUGAGAACAUGGAGGAUGAUGACCAGCAUGUUUACAUGACAGCUACCAGCCAGUGGCCAGAGGAGAAAGUAGACUGCACCCUGGCGACCCCACCCUGGCUCACCCCCACCCCCACGUAUGUGACACUCUGAUUCUAAAGCUGCUCUGUGAGAUGCAAUGGCUGAGCAGGAAUAAAACCAUCAGGCCAUCCAGCCACCCCAGGGACAAACCCCUGUUGGAACACAAGGCAUGAAUUGAACUGUUUGUAGCCAACCCUUACAACUGAUGCAAUAAAGUCAGUCAGAUCCUUAGACACCGAUAUAAAAUAGGCCCAAUACCAUAGGCUUGUCUUCUCUCCUGUGCAGGAUUGUGCCCUACAGCAUAGGUGCCUUACAGUACAGUUUCUACCACCCUGCUGUAGAAAGGCUUGUGCAGAACUUCAUGCCCCACAUGCUAUUUGGAAACUGGUGAAAAGGUGUCCCCGUCUCUGUUCAGGUAUCUAGGUCACUCACAAAGCAACAUAUCUUCCUGCAACCAGAUUUCACAGCUAGUGAUAAUCAAUAACCAUGGUGUUCAACCUUCUAGCCCUGCAGGUCAGAUGAGGAUCAUGGGGCUGAUCCACAGCUGGAUCUUGCAGUUGGGGUCAGUAUAGCAGCUGGAUCCAGCAAGGUGGGGUCUGUCUACAGGUACAGUCUGGUAUGCUGGCCUGACUCCAUACAGCACAACCAGAUGUGGUGUGUGAUCUGGCCCAUAGCACUCCCUCAGGUCUGGAAAUCUGGCAGCAUGGGAGUGCCAGCAAAAGUAUAAUAAUUGCUGUGGUUCUGGAAGCUGCAGCAAUUAAUUACCAUUGCUUCCCUGCCACCAAAUUCCCAGGCCUGUAGAGACGCCCAGGGACUGGAUAAUACAGCCUUGCAGAGUGGAUUUGACCUGCAGGGCAGAGGUUGAACACCGCUGGUCUAGAAUCCCAUCCCUGACUGAUUUACGCCAGACACUCAAACUGCCAGUGGCUGAGAGGGGUUGUUCUUCAUAUAGCCGUAGCCAGACUGAAAAAUCUUAUGAGCAUGAUGAGAUUCUCUCUCUCUCUCUCUCUCUAAUUUGGCACUUCCUUAGUGCGGUGAAAAAGGUGCAAAUGAGGAAAAAGCAAAAAAAAAGCCUGCAGAGGUAAGAAAAAGUUAACCAACCAAAAGGGACAGAGAUUAUCUUGGUGGAGUAAAGAUCAAGUCUAAUUUGACUCAAACCAGAGCUGCUGAUUCUAAGUCAUAUCAAAGUUGGUUGGUGCCUCAGAAUGCAGAGAUCACUCUCCUUUUUGCCACCUUCAAUGCAGCAGUUUAGUGCCUACAUUUUUCUGGGAUGUGGAAGACCCUGGAUCAAUGCUUUCAUCUUCCUUCUUCUGCCAAAAAUCUUGGGAACAGCUGCAAUAAAUUUGUAAUAAAAUCACUAUUGCUGGAUAGCCUGGAACACGAACACAAUAAAGCAGCAAUGGGAAAAUGUUGUCUUAUGAAUCCAUUAAAGCAUUUCAACCAGUAGGUGUAAAUAACAAAGGUGGUAAAAACCCCCAGCCUUGCCACUGAAGUUUCAGUAGAUGUAGUGGGUAGGAACACGUUUCUGGCAAUAAAAGCAGAGAAGAGAUUUGCUGAGUAAUGACUAGAAGGGCCAGGGCUAAACAAUGAAGAAAGCAAACAUCACCUUUGUUUAUAGUAGCCAUACCCUUCCCUUUUUACUGCAAAAUUAAAUAAUCAUUUGUGCACUGAUCUACAAAGAUUGUUGUGUAUCAUGCUACCCACCCCCACUCCCAGCCUCCCUGCUGGACCAA